CUGCGUCCUUGCGCUGUAGCGAAGGUAGAGGUGCUGCACCUCCUUCAUUGAAGGGGAGAGGAGCUGCUGUGUAAUCCGUCUCUCCGCGGCUCAGUCGUCCGCCAUGGCGACCGGAGGAAGCCUCCUGUCCGCAGCGAGCUGUGUUUAAAACCCAACCGGGGUUUAUUCUUCUUCUACGGUUGAACGUGGAUGUAGGAGCUCUAUUCAGCUGUGGGAAACACUUGGAAGAAGCUCGCAUUAGGAAAGAAGAAGAGGGGGCUCAGUGUUGAACAGCGCAGCCAGCCAUGGCCGAGCCAGACCAAGAGUUGAGCUCCCCUGGAGCAGGUCAGCGUCUCGGAGCCCCCGAGACUCUUGGCAUCAGUACAUUGGACCCAACGCACAAGCCUCCAGCCAUGCCCUCCGGACGCCACGUCACCAUCAGGGUCCGCAUGUUGGACGACACGGAGGAGCUUUUUGACAUCUCGCAAAAAGCCUCGGGCAAGGUGCUGUUUGACCUGGUGUGCUCCCACAUGAACCUAACUGAAGGUGACUACUUUGGCUUGGAGUUUCAAAACCAACAGAAGAUGAUGGUCUGGUUGGAUCAUAUCAAACCUAUUAUCAAGCAGCUAAAACGACCAAAACACACAAUUCUGCAGUUCAGUGUGAAGUUUUUUCCCCCAGACCACGCACAGCUGCUGGAGGAGCUGACAAGGUACUUGUUCGCCCUCCAGAUCAAACAAGAUCUUUCCUGCGGUCGUCUGACCUGCAACGACACCAGCGCAGCGCUGAUCGUCUCCCACAUCAUCCAGUCUGAGAUCGGGGACUUUGAGGAGAGCCACUGCCGGUCGCACCUCCUCAACAACAACUACAUUCCAGAUCAGAUGCCUCUGAUUGACAAGAUCAUGGAGUCUCACUCAAAGCAUUUAGGUCAGUCACCAGCAGAGUCAGAUUAUCAUUUAUUAGAAGUGGCUCGCAAACUGGAAAUGUACGGGAUUCGGCUCCACCCUGCCAAGGAUCGUGAGGGCACGAAGCUAAGUCUGGCCGUGGCGCACACGGGUGUCCUGGUCUUCCAGGUUAGCGGCGCCGAUCUGCAGGGACACACGAGGAUUAACGCCUUUAACUGGUCGAAGAUUCGGAAACUGAGCUUUAAGCGGAAACGUUUCCUCAUCAAGCUAAGGCCAGAUUUGAAUAGUUCUUAUCAGGACACGUUGGAGUUUCUGAUGGCCAGCAGGGACUGCUGUAAAGUCUUCUGGAAGAUCUGUGUGGAAUAUCACGCCUUCUUCCGCCUCUUUGAGGAACCCAAACCCAAACCGAAGCCUGUGCUCUUCACGCGAGGCUCCUCCUUCAGAUUUAGUGGUCGCACACAGAAGCAGGUGAUUGAUUAUGUGAGGGAGUCCGAGUUCAAGAAGAUCCCGUUUGACAGGAAACACAGUCGGGUCCAACACAACACGCGGGUUCAACUCAACAGUCGCCCGUCACCGUUGUCUUCUCCUCGCCAUCGUGAAGUGCCAGUGGAAAGUGGUGCUCCCGAGGACAGACUCGGCUCUCCUUCUCAGCAUCAUUGGAAGGAAUCGGCGCUGGUGAGCGCAGAAGACCCGUUGGCUUCACGGACAACAAGGGCGAGCCCCUCCCAGCAGAGAAACGGCCACGACGACAGGAAAGGAUCCAUGUCCAACACAGAUGAGACGAGAGGCCCAACACGACAGACUCUCCUGGAUCCUCUGAGCCAAGGUGUGGGUUCUAACAGCCCUCACCUGUCCAUUUCCUCUGGACACCCCCUUGGGAUGGUGAAUGGUCAGAGGUCCCUGGAACUAUGCAGCCACAGUCCCGAUGGCCGGCAGCCCUCCCCGCUCACCAGCCCGCUGCUCAACGAUGCCUGCAGCGUUCGCACCGACGAUGAAGACGAAGUCCGAAGGAAGAGGUUCCCCACAGAUCGAGCCUACUUCAUCGCCAAGGAACUGUUGACCACAGAGAGGACGUACGUGAAGGACCUGGAAGUGGUGACCGUGUCAUUCCAGAGUGCUGUGGGACAAGACGAGGCAACCCCGGACUCCCUGAAGAACACUGUCCUAUCCACCUUCGAGCCUCUGCACAAGUUCCACGCUGGUUUUCUCAGGGAGGUGGAGCAGAGGCUGGCCCUGUGGGAGGGGCGUUCCAAUGCACACAUUAAAGGAGACUACCAGCGCAUUGGAGAUGUCAUGCUUAAAAACCUUCAAGCUUUGAAACCUCUGACAGCAAACCUGCACAGGCAGUCUGACAUCCUCCUGGAGCUGGAGAAAGCUUUCAAAGCGUCCCGCCGGUUGGAGAAUCUGUGCAGAGACUUUGAGCUGCAGAAGGUCUGCUACGUCCCCCUAAAUGUCUUCAUCCUUCGACCUCUUCACCGACUCGUUCACUACAAGCAGAUCCUAGAGCGCCUGUGCAAACACUACCCAGCCACUCACGUGGACUUCAGGGACUGCAGAGCUGCUCUGGCGGACGUGUCCGAGGUGGUGGAUCAGCUCCAGGGCAGCCUGAUGAAGAUGGAGAACUUCCAGAAGCUCCUGGAGCUGAAGAAGGAUUUGCUUGGCAUCGACAAUCUCGUUGUUCCCGGUCGGGAGUUCAUCAGGUUAGGCUGCCUGAGCAAACUGUCUGGAAAAGGUCUACAGCAGCGAAUGUUUUUUCUGUUUAAUGACGUCAUUUUGUACACGAGUCGAGGGAUGACGCCAACCAAUCAGUUCAAAGUGCACGGGCAGCUGCCGCUCCGUGGGAUGACAAUCAGAGAGAGCGAGGAAGAGUGGGGCGUGCCUCACGCCUUCACACUGCUCGGACAGGGGCAGUCGGUGGUGGUGGCUGCAAGUUCUCUGACAGAAAUGGAGAAGUGGAUGGGGGACAUCAAGAUGGGGAUAGAAAUAGCCAAAACCAGCAACGGGCCUUCAUCCGAGCUGCUGACCAGCAACCUGACGGACAACAAAUGCCCGGAGGACUCCUUGGCUGAGGCAGAGUCUGAAGAUGACAUGGCGGCUUCGCACACCUCGCUGGAGAAGCCCACCCAUCACCGUGGUAACACCAUGGUGCACGUGUGCUGGCACAGGAACACCAGCGUGUCCAUGGUGGACUUUAGCAUAGCCGUGGAGAAUCAGUUGUCGGGAAAUUUGCUGAGGAAGUUCAAGAACAGCAACGGCUGGCAGAAGCUCUGGGUGGUCUUCACCAACUUCAGUCUGUUUUUCUACAAGUCUCACCAGGAUGAUUAUCCAUUGGCCAGCCUUCCUCUGCUGGGCUACUCCGUCACUGUCCCCUCAGACAAUGAAAACAUCCACAAAGACUACGUCUUCAAGCUGCAUUUCAAGUCUCACGUUUAUUAUUUCAGAUCAGAGAGUGAAUACGCCUUUGAGAGGUGGAUGGAGGUAAUCCGCAGCGCGACGGCGCCCUCGAGUCUCUCUCAAGUCCUGAACAGCAAAGAUCCUCACUGAUCUGGCUCACCUUGUUUUACUCAACACCCCCCCCCCCCCCCCCCCCCCCCCCCAAUCGACCUCCUCAUGGGUGGAAUCCGCCGGUCCUGAUCCUCUGCUCCUGGACUCUUUCUUUUCAUUACAACACAGAUCUGGGACAUUUCUACACAUUUCCAUGCACAAUUUGGUGCUUUAAAAAAAAAAUUAAACACUUUAAUGGUGACACGUCCGCUGGUCUAGACUGCUUCAGAGACUCGCAUUUUUACUCCCGAAACUCUGAAAUCCUAUUUUUACGGAUGUCAUUUUCUACUGUUUUCUAAUGGUCUGGACCGCCUCUAUUUUUUAUUUUUAUUUUUUGUCUGGUUUUACAUUUUGUCACCAGCUGUUUUUAUCAGAAUAUAUUUAAUCUUUUCUUUAUCUUUUUUUUUUUUUUUAGAUUUUUAAAACCUCACAACAUUGUCAAACGUUUUAUUUGUUGACUUAAUUUUUACGCGAAAGCAGCUGUUUUUGAAAACGUCCAGCCACUUUGGUGCCAAAUCAAGUUUAUAGGAACUUUUUAAUGUCAUUUUUGUUACGGUGGGACGUAGGAGGAUCCUCUGCGUCCAGCUGGGUUAAACAGGCCACCCUUUAACUCUAACACACCUGCAUCUGCACAAUGUGACCUUGUAAAAACAAAAAUAUUAAUGAGAAAAAAGUGAAAUAUUUUACUACCAAGGGUAGCUGCCAUCGUCACUGAUGCUGUCUUUAAAAAGUAAAUCUAUUUGUGCAUACUUUAAUUUUUUUUACUCAAAAGUUCAGCUGUGUGAGAAAUGAUGAAGGAAUGCUUCAUUGAAAGCUUUAAAGAUUGUGAGAAUUCAAACAGAAAUGUGCUGAGCUACGCUGCCACUUGUCUUUUUAUGGGUUUAAAUGAACGGAAACAUGCAUUUGACACAGUUUUGCAGUGAAGCAUUAUGGGGUGAAAAACUCAGCUCUGCUUGGGGUUGAAGUGUUUUUUGCUUUUUUUCAAUGAAAGAAAGCUUUUUGGAAUUGAAAGCAAUAAAAAUGUAAUUUAAACUGA